UACAACUAGAACGCAGCAGAGUUCACGUGCUCAUAGUGCUCGCGUGGAUAGGAGAAUGUGAUACAUGCGCGACUCCAGUGGUCGUUCAAGUUGACUUGCGUGGCAAUGAAGAAAAUAUACAUUUUGCAAUUGCUUUACGUGCCAGAGAUUCUGCGACUCAGUAGUUAGUCUCAUCAGCCACUAUCACAGACUCCCUCACUAUGAAAUAUUAUUAGUGCAAUGAGAAAUUGAAACAGUCCAUCUUAAAAACUUAAAUCUGAAGGUUCUUGAAUGUGAGCUGUACAGUCUGGUAGUAACCUGUUUGCUUUCUCCAAGAUGACUAUUCAAGUGGACAAUGUCCAGUAAUCGAACUGUGAUACAUAUUUGCAGUCUCCUGUCCAAAUGACCAGUAACAGUGGCCUGAGUUAUUCGGUAGGAAAACAUUUCUACAUGCUUAGCCUUUAUGAAAAUGUGAGGCGAUACCGCUGGUCAUGCUUAUCUGGACCAAGCCUUCAGCGAUCACUGAAAACGGUUUGAAGCUAACUUUGCAUCAUUUAUGCCAGUAUUUGUAUGUAUAUAAAACUGACCAAGGACGUAGUCGAGUGUUGGUGAGUUCAGAUGCCAGAGUGGACCAUCUUUGGUCAGCUAGAGAGUCAAAAAGUGAAUCAACUCGAAUUUUGUUUUUCUCAGGCUAUCUGGACUUUAUAUUAAACUUUCAUCGUGCUCACGACGACCAAUUCACCCGCCACCCUGACACACCUACCGCACCGCCCCCGACAGGCUCAGGGCGAGAUGUCUUACUUCUUCCGCUUACACGACCUGAUCGGGGGCCUCCAUGUGCCUAUCGACGAUGGAGUAGACAAGCUAAACCGGAAGUACACGUUACUUGUCUUCCUGUUCCUCGCACUUCCCAUUUUCACCAAGCAGUAUAUUGGCGAUCCCAUCCAGUGUUUCACUCCGACCUACUUUACAGACGCACAAGCUCGAUACGUCAACAGCUACUGCUGGACAGCGUCCACCUACUACCUAGUGACAACAGAUAACGUCGACGACACCACUGACCCGCCACAGCAUCCCCCUGAUAUCCGAUUCACCCCUGAAGAAAUAGACUACAACGGAUUAGACGUCUACACUGUACAGAGAAACAAGUUGCGUCGAAUUAAUGUAAGUUACUAUCAGUGGUCCUCUGUAAUUCUAAUGGUACAAGGUGUUUGUUUUCAUUUGCCUUUUAUUAUGUGGAGUGCUUGUGCACAUAACGCAGGCAUCAAACUCCGGCGAUUGCUGAAACGGGCCUCUGAUAUUGCAGCACUGCCACCAGGAUGUCAGCAGCGGGAAUCUUUGUUAACCGAAUUUGUCGACCAGUUCCAUACUAUUAUAACCGGAAACGUUGGAUGGUGUACUGACCCUUCCUGUCGUCUUCCCCUAAUAGGUUGUCGUUGUGUUGCGGGACCGAGUCGCUAUCUGGCUUUGUUAUAUAUUUUAGUGAAGUUAUUUUACUUAAUCAACGUAGGUGUUCAGUUCAUGCUCCUUAGCGCCUUUCUGGGUAAGGGGUAUAUCCGACAUGGAAUUGAAAUAUUGCGUCGCUUGGCGGCCAGCGGGGAUUGGUGGAAUUCCCCUCGGUUCCCUCUGCAGACUUUGUGUCAAGUUCGUGCCGCCAUGCAAGGUGCCCUCCAAACCUACGUGUGUAGGUGUGUUCUACCCAUCAACGUUUUUAACGAAAAAAUUUAUUCUGUAAUUUGGUUUUACCUAGCCAUUCUUUUUCCACUAAAUGCAGUUAGUCUAUUAUUGUGGAUCUGGCGAACCUUCCCUUGUAACCGACUUGCCUUUAUCAGACUUUGCUUGUGGAGAACAAGACUGGUCAACAUGAGUGAAGUAUCUAGAUCAGCUCGAAAAAUCUCAUCCAAUUAUCUCGGCUGGGACGGGGUCUUCCUACUCCGACUGAUUGAACAUAAUCAUGGUAGCACCUUGGUUACAGCUAUCGUCAGUAAGCUCUGGGAGUUCUACUCGACUCAACUGAAGGCACAGGAGGAGGGUAAUAGCGACGUAGAAAUGGCACCGAUGCCUACAAGUUUGCCUUCUGUGGCACCAUCUACUUCCUGGCAUUCAUGUCACGCCGGAGCUUGCCAUCUUAGUCAUUUCGGACGUCAGACUCUGCCAUCUACAAAACGAAAACCUCCAAAUAGUUACUGGGGGAAAUGUUCUUAACAGAACCAUUUAUAUUAGAUAUUUUCGUCUUUAAGUUUAAAGUUUUAAAUUAGAUAGUUUUAGAAGGCGCCUAGAGUGAAAUAACGUUAGAAAACAACACUAAUCCUUCAAGUGAUGGAAACAUCUGUAUAGUUAUUCUGAUCCAGAGCCUAUGUUAGAUACCAGUCAUCUGAUCAUGUUUGUGCAAGGUCGAAAUCAUCAAAUAUACGGAAAUGUUUAAAUUUAGGAUUAUAUGUUAAAUAAAUGUUUGAAAUGCAA